GUGCCGUGCCGGCCUUCGCAGGUGCUGCUCGUUAACAGCACUUGCCCCUACACUCUGUUAAGGCGACGCGGGUUGAUCUUUGUCUUCGUGUUUAGGAAACAGACGGUUCCCGUCUUGUCCCUGCAUCUUGCUGCCUACGUGCGCCUCCUCCCCGUGGCCUCUGCGCCCUCUGAAGAAGGAGGCGUUCCCCGAAACGUCGCCCAGCACGUUAAACAUCGCCACUGGGGAGACAAAGGCGUCCAGGCGAGCGGGCGUGCUGCUGGACAUCCACCCCCCUCCCCCUCCACGUGUGCCACAGCGCCGGCCUUCAUAGAUGGCUUCGCACGUUGAGUUGCCACUCAUCAAGCAAGAGCACGAUGAGACUCCAAACCCCAGGGUGUAUCCUGACGUGACUAUGGAACGUGGUUAUGAACUGGGCGUCAAGGAAGAAGAUGAUGGGAAUCUCGACACUAAGAUAAUGGAGAUUGCGGUGAAAACCGAAGUGAAGGAAGAUGCUCCAGAUGUGAAUAUUGUUAAAGUUGAAGGAGACGGUGAGAAGCCAGAGGCGACUGGGGAUUCCCACGGAUGUCCGGCCACUCCAGAUCAGAACUUCAUCGAAGUGGAGUUAUCAGAGGAUGACGUUGGUGAAGCAGGUGAAGGAAAAGAAAUGGACCUUCUGUGCAAAGAAUGCGGGAAGGGCAGUUGCUUCAAAACAAAUACGACGGACAAGGCAGAACGCACCAGCAACAAGAACCGGCGAGCCUGCAAGCAGUGUGGGAAGGCACUUGAAGGCAUCGCGUUGUGCACGGCAGUGGCUACCGAUGGAAGGAAGCACGUGUGUAAGGAGUGUGCCAAGGGGUUUACAACGCGUUUUGGUUUAGAGACGCACAUGAGAACACACACGGGCGAGAAGCCGCACGUGUGCAAAGAGUGUGGCAAGAGGUUUACAAAGCGCUCUACCUUAGCCAGACACGCGAUAUCACACACGGGAGAGUGGCCGCACGUGUGCAAGGAGUGUCAAAAGGGCUUUGUACAACGUUCCGAUUUAGAGAAACACGCACGAACACACACGGGCGAGAAGCCGCACGUGUGCACCGAGUGCGGGAAGGGCUUUUCACAACGUUCAGAUUUAGAGAAACACGCACGAACACACACCGGCGAGAAGCCGCACGUUCGCAUGGAGUGCGUGAAGGACUUUUCAAAACGAUCUACAUUAGAAGUGCUUGUUAGGACACACACCGGUGAGAAGGUGCAUGUGUGCAAGGAGUGUGGGAAGGGGUUUACAAAGCGCUCUGCCUUAACCACACACUGUAUGUCACACACGGGCAAGUGGCCACACGUGUGCAACGAGUGUGGGAAGGCGUUUUCAAAACGUUCCGAUUUAGAGAAGCACGCGAGAACACACACCGGAGAGAAGCCGUACGUGUGCAACGAGUGUGGGAAGGGGUGUUCACAACGUUCUACAUUAGAGGCGCACAUCAGAACGCACACCGGCGAGAAGCCGCACGUGUGCAAGGAGUGCGGGAAGGAGUUUGCAACGUUUUAUACUUUAACCACACACUCCCUAUCGCACACCGGCAAGUGGCCGCACAAGUGCGCAGAGUGCGGAAAGGGAUUUGCACAGCGUUCUGAUUUAGAGACGCACACAAGAACGCACACCGGCGAGAAGCCGCACGUGUGCAAGGAGUGCGGGAAAGGCUUUUCUAAGCGAUCGACAUUAGAGGCGCACACUAGAACACACACAGGUGAGAAACCGCACGUGUGCAACGAGUGCGGGAAGGGGUUUAUAAAGCGUUCCAACUUAGCCACACAUUGUAUAUCACACACGGGCGAGUGGCCGCACGUGUGCAAGGAGUGUAAUAAGGGCUUUGCACAGCGUUACGAUUUUGAGAAGCACGUGAGAACACACACCGGUGAGAAGCCGUAUGUGUGCAACGAGUGCGGGAAGGGCUUUGCAACGUGCUACACUUUAACCACGCACGCGAUAUCGCACACGGGCGAGUGGCCGCACGUGUGCGUCGAAUGUGGGAAGGGCUUUACGCAGCGUUCCGAUUUGGAGAAACACACACGAACACACACCGGCGAGAAGCCGCACGUGUGCAAGGAGUGUGGGAAGGGAUAUUCACAACGUUCCGAUUUGGAGAAACACGCAAGAACACACACCGUUGAGAAGCCGCAUGUUUGCAACGAGUGCGGAAAGGGGUUUGCAACGUUUUAUACUUUAACCACACACUCCAUGUCACACACUGGCGAGUGGCCACACGUGUGCACGGAGUGCGGAAAGGGAUUUACGCAGCGUUCCGAUUUGGAGAAGCACACAAGAACGCACACCGGCGAGAAGCCGCACUCGUGCCAGCAAUGCGGGAAGAGCUUCGCGCAGCGUUCAAAUUUGGAGGCACACGCGAGAACGCACACCGGUGAAAAGCCCCAUGUGUGCAAGGAGUGCGGGAAGGGCUUUUCCCAUCGUUACAAUUUAGAGAAACACACUAGAACACACGAUGUGGCGUGAAAAUCUGAAUCAGAAUUUGCUUCGUCUUGAAGGCAACGGUGGAUGAUAUUUUUUUUGCAACUUGACAAGAGCCGGGUACAAAACACAGACUGCAACAAGGUUGGGGGGGGGGGGUGUACAGGAGGAACUCCGCGUACUAAAUCCCGAACCCUGUGCUCCUGGGUCUAAAGAUGGGGAGCAGAUUGGGCUUACUGCCCCCACUCACACCGGAACUACGAGCGGGAGCGAAGGUUUUCAUACGGUGAGGGGGAAAGAUAAAUAGGAACAAACACAGGGGGAGCCUACGUGCGCCAGGUGAAUUUAUCGGGGCAGUGAUUAACUCUUGUCCAUCCCCCGCGGGGGGGGGGGGGCAUGAUAAUGGCCAUCUGUUAAAAAGAGCUUUAUGGCUCAUCAGAUUCCUCCAGUAUAAAUAUUCUGAUACCACAAAGUGCUCGGCCGCCCCGACUUCCUUGCAUGCGCACCUCAUGAUAAGCUCCGUAGGAAUGGGGCCCACCUGGUUUCGAACUCCCCGUUAACCCUGCCUUUUAAGCUCGUGGCUUAAAUGUUCUGCUCCCGCAAGGACUAAGAAUGGUACCGCGCCACUGAAGUUUUUGCCGGCAUGGCCUUCCUAGCCCUGUGAAAGCGGACCGUAGUGGUGCGUGCUAGACAUUUUUGACGCACCGUUUGGUUUCAGGCCCGGCCCCCCACCCCCCCCCCCACCUGCAGGGUUGAGGAGCUUAAGUUUUUUAAAGUCCAAUUAUGUCCGAGCAAAUGUACUGGUGGAUUUUUCUUUUUUCAAACCACGGGUGUUGGGGAGUAAAUAUUUGCCGAGACUUACCACAGGUGCAAGCUUGGGUUAGGCAAAGAGGGCAUUAGGCUUCGAUGGUACAAUGAACCAUCCAAAAGAAGGGGGAACAGCUCGACUAAAAAAUGAGGGGGAAAAAAGACACAAGCAUCCCUCUGGGGUCUCGGGACUAAAAAGGAAAUAAAUUAAUGUUUAACAAGAAAAAAAAGAGAUCGUUUACUGGCUUGGAAUCUGAAGUAGGGGUUUGAGAGGCCCGUUCAGCGUCGCUCACUCGGCCAUGUGUGUGUAAUGCGAUUGUCGUAAAUGGACCUUAAAGAUACGAGCCACACUAGUGCGACUCUGGCUAUCCAACCCAAACUGUGGAUCCUCUUGUAAAUGCCACAGCAGUCUGCGCUCCUUCAAUGGAGAAGGAAUGGCGAAGCCACACGCACUCUUCUCCUGAAGCAAUCUCGUGGCCGGCAGAUCUCGACAUUGGCGUUGAGCUCCUGAACAUUAAUUUGCUUGCUCUUUUUGUUUAUUUUACCAGGUGUAACCGGCUCACCAUAUAUCCCUCUCCUCCCGUAAUCGUUGCGAGGGGGCAGGCUGGUUAAUAAGUACAAAAAAACAGCUACGAUAAUGGUCGAUGAGUUCGGAGGCGAUGAGUGGAUACUCUGGGUUGUGUUCUGCCCUCCUAAGAAUCGGACGAUUCCACCGACAAGGGACACCAGAGGAUUGUGUAACUGCAACUCUUUAAAUUUCGAUUUAAAGCUUUCGUGACUGCAAGGAUUCACCUUCUUUGGUUCUUUCGGUAAAGUCACGUAGAAUGAGAAUAAAAUAAUAAAAUAAAACA